AUGGGUUCAACUCCGAAAGCAAGGUUGAAACCUUACAAAAAGCCCUACAACAAGUGCAAGAUUUGUGGGAAAGUGCUUUACAAUUUGGAAAUUUUCAAAAUUCACGAGACAUUUCACACAGGGGAAAAGCCUUUCAAAUGCACCACUUGUGGGAGAGAUUUUACCUGUAAGAAUAACAUAGAAAGGCAUACAAGGACUCAUGCAGGGGAGAAGCCAUUCAGAUGCAUCACGUGCGGGAAAUUUUUUACCCAUAAGUCAAAUUUCCUAAGGCACGUAAGGACUCAUACAGGGGAGAAGCCAUUCAGAUGCACCACGUGCGGGAAAAUGUUUACCCAGAAGUCAGAUUUACUAAGGCACGUAAGGACUCAUACAGGGGAGAAGCCAUUCAGAUGCACCACGUGCGGGAAAAUGUUUACCCACAAUUCAAAUUUACAAAUGCACUUAAGGACUCAUGCAGGGGAGAAGCCAUUCAGAUGCACCACGUGCGGGAAAAAUUUUCCCCACAAGUCAAUUUUACAAAUGCACGUAAGGACUCAUACAAGUGAGAAGCCAUUCAGAUGCAUCAUAUGCGGAAAAAUGUUUACCCAGAAGUCAAAUUUUCAAACGCACCUAAGGACUCAUACAGGGGAGAAGCCAUUCAGAUGCACCACGUGCGGGAAAACGUUUACCAACAAGUCAAAUUUACAAAGGCACAUAAGGAUUCAUACAGGGGAGAAGCCAUUCGGGUGCACCACGUGCGGGAAAAUGUUUACCCACAAGUCAAAUUUACAAACGCACGUAAGGACUCAUACAGGGGAGAAGCCGUUCAGAUGCACCACGUGCGGGAAAAUGUUUACCCAGAAGUCAAGUUUACAAAUGCACGAAAGGACUCAUACAGGGGAGAAGGUGAGAUCGGCACUUCCACAGCCAAUAGAGGGUCAGCUGCACGACCUGAAGCCAGGAGAUUGGGUGCUGAUAAAGGACCAAAAGAGAAACAUUGGAGACCCUGGGGGCGGGGUCCCACCAAGUGCUCUUGACCACACCUACAGCAGUGAAGGUGGAGGGAAGAGUCAGCUGGACACACACCAGCCACUGCAAGAAGGUGCCACGGCUGGAGACGGAGGUCCAGGGUGA